AUGUUUCUGGUGUUAGAGAAUGCUCUGCCAUCGACGCAGCCACUAAAAAAUAGAUCCCCAAAUCCACCACCAAAGAUGGCGCCGCCGCCCAUCCUUCGAACCCAAGAUGAGCUCCUGGAGGAGAUCUUCUUCCUCCUCACCACGGUAUCCGACCUAGCCAGCGCCUCCGCGGCGUGCGUUCCCUUCCGCGGUCUCAUCACCGACCACGGCUUCCUCCGCCGCUACCGCGCACUCCACCCGCCGCCUCUCAUCGGCGUGUUGGACUUGGACAACGGCACCCUCGCCCCUGCCCAGCCGCCGCAUCCCUCCGCCGUCGCCGCCCGCGCCUUCGCCGGCUUCGACUUCUCCUGCAAAUCCUUCCUCCCCACCAAAUCCGGCCGUGCCUGGUUGCAACUUGACUUCUUGGACGGCCGCGCCCUCCUCACCAGCGUGCUUGAAAGCGACCUUGAGGCGAUGGUCUUCAACCGCCGCCAACUUUUGUUCAGCGACAUAGCCGUGUGCGACCCCGUGCACCGCCGCUACGUCCUGCUUCCCGCCGUCCCCUGUGAGCUGACGGCGCUGGUCCCUAAACAUGACCUGUUGGGUCUGGAGGCAUUCCUUCCCCCCGGUGAUGAUGAGGAAGACCCUUUAUCAUUCAGGGUCAUGUGCUUGGCGAAGCGCAGAAGUCCAGCAAAGAAAUGUGAUUCAGGGUAUAUGAACUAUAUGCUGGUUUCCCACCAUCAUUGUGUGCACCAACUAUAUGAACUGGAGAGCGUCUUCUCCAUGCUCUCCGGCGGACGCCGCGGCGACCUCAACCUCUAUAGAUGCGUCAGCCUGGUCGGAUACUGCAUGCUCCCCAUGGUCAUCUUCUCUGCGGUCUCCCUCUUCCUACCGCGGGGCGGUGGGCUCAUCUUCGGGAUGGGCAUGGGAUUCGUGAUGUGGUCUAUCAGGGUCUACACCAGGUUACUAGCAGAGCUUGCCUCCAGCGGCGAUGAGCAUAGGGGACUCAUUGCCUACGCCUGCUCGCUCGUCUACAUGCUCUUCUCUCUGCUCGUGAUCUUUUGA